AUCUCCGUUUUCUCUCUUUGAUUCAGAUCUCUCCCUCUCUUUCUCUAUAUAUUUUUCUUCCUCUCUCCACCCCCAAAAUUUCCCCAUUUUUGUUGGAAAAAAAAGGGAUUUUCAUUUUCUAGAGAAGAUAAAAAUGGACGCUUUGGAUUCAGUAUUCGAUCCGCUGAGAGACUUCGCCAAGGAUAGCGUUCGUCUCGUCAAGAGAUGCCACAAGCCCGAUCGGAAAGAAUUUACGAAGGUGGCGACGCGGACGGCGAUCGGGUUCGUGGUGAUGGGAUUUGUGGGGUUUUUCGUGAAAUUGAUCUUCAUUCCCAUUAACAACAUCAUCGUGGGAGCUUCUUAAUCCCUAAUAGGUAUUCUCUUUUCCAUUUUUCUGAACAAUUGUUUU